AUGACAGAACCGUCUGAGGUUUCUCAACCCGAGUGUGCAGUAUCUGGACUGCCUCUUCCCCGAGCAGUUCGAGCAACCUACAUUGGUCUUGACUUCGUUCUCACUCUAGUUGGAAACAUCCUGACUAUCAUUGUUACGAGAAAAGUUGACGAGUUUUCGGAAAGUACGAAGAUUUUCAUAACUUCUCUGGCACUUGCGGACCUGGGUGUAACUGUAGUUGCUGCAACAUCUUUCGUUGCUGAGAUAUUGGGUAGAUGGCCAUUUCCAGACUGGAUAUGUGUUGCUUCGUUUCUGUUCUUUUAUACCUUCACAGCUGUUUCCAUAACAAUGAUCAGCAUUUUGACUUUUGAUCGUUUAAUCGCCGUCGUUAAACCACUUCACCAUUCUUUGAUACUUAACCCAAAGAGAAGCAUUGGCUUUGCUUCUAUAACCUCAAGUAUCAUGUUAACCAGUAUGUUUUUUGUCACACUGACUUUGACAUAUUAUUGUCGUCACUUGAGAGUGUGUAACACAGAUUGGUCAUGA